CAAACCGAAAAGCUAAAACUAAAUCCUUAGUGUUUAAAUUUAUAGGGAAUUGAAUCGUUAGGAUUUGGUUUUAUAUACUCGGAUUCGCAGGUGGCUCCUAUGGCACCAUUGUCUAAAAGUAAUAUCUAGAUUCAAAGGAUCGAUAAACACUCCAAUGUGUGGCCACCUAAAAGAGGCCUAGGUGGCAACUAUACAGCUGCGGUGACCACGUGGAUUUUUUGUUUUGGUUGACUCAAUCAGCUGAUAACGGCAGGAAGAAGCGGAUGCCGGUGAGCCCGUGGCCUUUACAAUGGUGUUUUACUGCCAACGUCACUGCUAUGACACUAAGUACACGACCAAAGUGGUUUCCUGCAAGCCCGCCAAGCUUGACAUGCUGGUGGAGGGGAAGAAAAAGAAGGUAGCAUGUUAUGAAGUCACCUUGGAGGACACCAUUCUCUUCCCUGAGGGUGGAGGACAGCCUGAUGACCGGGGUACAGUGGGAGGUAUGGCAGUGCUGCGUGUGGUGCGUAGGGGAGGUGAGGCUGUGCACUACCUGGCCGAGGCAUUGCAAGAGGGUGCCAGCGUCAUACAGGAGGUGGAUUGGACACGCCGCCAUGACCACAUGCAGCAGCACUCCGGCCAGCACCUCAUUACUGCGGUGGCUGAUGACCUCUAUGGAUAUGCCACUACCUCCUGGUACCUGGCUGAGGCCGUCUCUCACAUUGAGCUCGACACAGACAAGGUGACUGAGGAAGAAAUGGCUAAAAUUGAAGACAUUGCCAACCAGAAGAUCCGGGAAGCAACUCCAGUCAGCAUUGUGGAGUAUGAAGCAUCAGACCCUAAAUUAAAAGAGAUUCGCACCCGAGGCCUGCCUGAGGACGUGGUGGGGCCAGUGCGAGUAGUGACCAUUGAGGGUGUGGAUGCCAACAUGUGCUGCGGUACCCAUGUAAGGAACCUGGCUGACCUGCAGGCGGUGAAGCUGCUGCACACCGAGAAGGGCAAGGGCGGCCGGACUCUUCUGUUCUUCAUGGCUGGCACCAGACUCCUCAGGUACUUUGGGGAGUGUGUGGGACGAGAGCGGCAGCUGAACACCCUCCUGCACUCCUGUCCUGCUGACCACAUUCGCCUGGCAGAGAAGAACCAGAAAGACCUGAAAAGCUGUCAGAAAUCAUUGAGGGAAGCCUUCAGGGACCUUGCUGUGUGUGAGGCCAGAGCCUUUCUGGUCCAGGAGCCAAGACCAUCCGUCUUCUUCCACCACCGCCGGGAUGGAGACAGCGACUACCUCAGUGUUAUCAUCAAUGAGAUCAAUGAUGAGGGUGUCCUGAAGGUGCUGACAGCAGGGGAGGACAAGGGCCCCGGCAUCCUGGUGGUUCACGGCCCCCCUGACCUGGUGGCUCAAGUGGGACCCAGGGUGUGUGAAAUCCUGGAGGGACGAGGCGGUGGAAAGACUCGCUUCUCAGGCAAGGUGACAAGGGUGGGCAAGCGGAAGGAAGCUGAGAAGUAUGUCCUGGCAGUGCUGGAUGGCUCUGUCACUGAGAGCUGAUGCCACCAGUAGAACAGAGUCUAUAUGGAGCAGGUGAUAUAGAUUUUGUCAUUGAAGUUUUAUCAGAAACGGAUUUGUGGACUAUUAGGUGAAAGCAUAUUACGUUAUUUAUAAUUUGAUUUAUAUAUAUAUAUAUAUAUAUAUAUAUAUAUAUAUAUAUAUAUAUAUAUAUAUAUAUAUAUAUAUAUAUAUAUAUAUAUAUUGCAUCAUCUUUGAGAAGAGAAAGCCAACUAUGGUAAGGUAAAAGUAUAUACUAUUAGAUUGCAUAGGUAUGGAGAAAAGACAGCAUUAAAUUUUAUAAUUAGAUAUACAUGAUGUUGAAUAUAUUAGGUCACACCCACAAGAAGACCUCUAGUCCAUAAGAUACUCCGUGAUGUAUUUUCAAAGUUGUUCUAUAUACAAGAAGUACAAGUGAUAGGAUAACAGAAGCACAUUCCACACAAUGCUCAGAAAGGUGGUCACUGGUCCAUGGAACCAAUAAUUAAAAGCUAUUCCUGCCACA